UACACAAAUUGAUGGCUUUCGUCGUGGGCUUUUCUGUUAGUUUUCAACAUUUUGUUUACUGACGCUAGUUAUAGUUCUUCUGAGGCGUUUAAGGAAUUGUGGCAUCAUUGUUGUGUUGGCAGUUGUUUGCUGAGCUGUGUCCAUCAAUAUAUAUCCAGAAGAUUUGAUGUCUUUGUAUCAAUCCAGACAAGAAAGUGAUUCCAAGAUGUCGUGGAGGUUGCAACUCGAUGGCGGCUUGGCUGCCGAUUUUGAAUCCAACCUGAGUGGUCUUGGGACAGAGCUUGGUACUGCAGCUUACAAUAUGAGUGAGGUUCUUGCGCUGCCAAUAUUCAAACAGGAGAAUGUCGAAGAUGGCUUUCAGUGCAUAUUAAAUGCAGCCACAUCACCAGCAACCAAGGUUAAUGAAGAAACACUUACAUACCUCAACCAGGGCAAGUCAUAUGAGCUAAGACUGAAGAAAUUAGGAGACAUCUCACAGUACGAAGGCAAACUAUUGAAGAGUGUGGUCCGUGUCCUCUUCAACGACAAAAGACUACAGUACGCAGAGUCUGAGCAGCUAGCCUCCUGGAGAAGUAACCGGCCCGGGGAGCGCCUCCUUAGGAUUGAUGUCCCCCUCUCACACAACCUCAUCGACUCCAACUCUAACACCAACAACCUCAAUUCAGUGGAGUUCCUCUGGGAUCCUCAUCAAAUCGUCAGCUGCUUCAUUCAGGUUAACUGCAUCAGUACAGAGUUUACUCCCAAGAAGCAUGGUGGUGAGAAAGGUGUGGUGUUCAGGGUCCAUGUGGAUACCCACGUACAUGAUAAAGAACAUGAGAAACCCAUUCACUCUGCAAGCUGCCAGAUCAAAGUCUUUAAGCCUAAGGGAGCUGACAGAAAGCACAAGACAGACCGAGACAAGAUGGAAAGAAUAUCAGACUCGGAAAAAGAGAAAUAUCAUCCCUCGUACGAGUGUACGGUUCUCACUGAGCAAAACUUACAGCUGAGUUUGACGGAAAACAAUGGGAAGGUACAGAGUCCAAUAGAGCUUGAGUGGUUAAUGAGAAGUCCUUUAAUGUCCAAUCACUCAUCAACGAACACUUUGCCACCGGACAGUUCCCCAGUCCCCCUUCAUCUCAGAAAUAAUUCACCAAUCUUUCAGCACGAUGACACAUUUAGUUCAUUUGAUGAAUCAUUUAACAACCACUCCAUAGGCAGUGAUGCGGGUGAUUCAGCUGGUGGUGCCAGUAACUUUGUGGGAACUCCUUCGGCAGGUACAAGUAUUCAGGAAACUCAAGAAUGGUUGAAACAGAAUCGGUUUGGUGCAUACACCAAGCUUUUUGAAAACUUUGCAGGUUCUGAUCUUCUCCGGCUUGCCAAGCAAGACCUAAUUCAGAUAAUGGGACCAGCUGAUGGCAUCAGGUUGAACAAUGCACUGCAAAAAAGGCAUGUGAGACCUCGACUUACGUUAUAUGUAUGUCAAGAACAUGAGCAAGUAUACCAUGCAUUGUAUCUGGAUAUGCAGACAUUGGGGGAGCUGAAAGCCAAACUAGCGACCCUGUACAGCAUUGCACCAGAACAAAUCUCAACGAUACUCCGGCAAGGGCCAACGGGAAUACGUGUCCUGGUUAGCGAUGAGAUGGUUGAAAAUGUCAAGGAGGAGAGUCUAUUUUCACUUCAAGCAAUCAAAGGAGAGGUAAUGAAUAGCUACACGAUCAUCAUGACAUGAGGUGACUCAAGACAUAACUACACGUACACCGGGAGGCUGUUCUUCACUUCAAAUCAACGUCACACACAGGACCUGUUGAAGAUUGACGACUGUACUCUUCAUGAAUGGUUUUUAAAAUUACCUUUCAAUUAUUAUUAACACUGAAGUAGUUUGAGGUAAGCCUGGGCGACAAGUGUGACUAGUUUUGAAGUCACAACUGUUGAUUGCUUCUUCAACUAAGCGGUUAUUUGUGCCGCUGCGACUAAUGAUUGCUUAGUCGAGUCGCGAUUACCAUUAUCCAACUACUUGGUUAUUCGUGUCGCCCUGACUACUACAAAUAUAGUCGCGACUUCCUGCGUGCUGAACCAAUUGUGUAAUUUCUUCUCUGAUGUCGAGCAUCUCAAAAAGUCCCAUAAAGUGUUUUCUUCAAGGGCCAACCCUUCAAAGUAUGCAAUUAAUACCAAUGUUGUAUGAUCACUUUAUGGAAAUCAGGCUAAAGUAGGAAGAAUAUUAAGCCCGGGAAGCUCACUUUGAAUUACGGACCACAUUUUGAUAAAAUAGAAAUUAUCUUAAAAUUAAGUAUUACAUGUAGGUAGAAAUCAUUGGCUUUGUUUUCCUGCAGAAUUGAUUUAAAAAAAAGUCUAACCACAUUUUUCUCAUACCCAUGAUCAUGAUGAUGACAUUGGUUCAAAAAUCUUAACGUGCAAAAUCAUGAAGAAAUGAUAAUCAUUUGAGAGGCGAGGAAAUGGAACCAAGGUUCAUGGUUUAACAAUAUGCACAGCCACAAUCAUGGGUACACUUUUUGUUACAAAGACACCAAAUGAUUUACAGAUAUAUAAAGUAACUCUUUGCAGAUCUUGUAUUCGACAAACUCAACAAACUUUUUAAACACCUUUGACACAGCGAUUGUCAUUUGAUAUACAAAUAAGGUAUGUAUAACUGCUGAGAUAACCGCUACUGUACAUGUACAUCAGUGGUUUUCAAAAUGGUGCUCAUGUGUAAUCGGAAAAAAAAAAUGUGUACCCAUGAUUGAGGCUUUGCACAGUAGCAUUUGACGUUUGGUUUUUCCUCUGUUCAAUAGAGGCAGUUGCUACGUGUACAUUAUGUCUCAUGGUUCGGGGCAAGCUUUUGCAUAGUUACAUAAGACAGCUAACACCCAAACACAAUAAACCGAUCCAUUAGGCUCCUCCCACGACGUACGUGUGAGCAAGAAAACAAUGCCUCCAAUGCCUUUCUGCACAACUCUGCUGUAUGCGCCAAGCAUACGCGCACGCAUGUCAGGCUUUAUUUGUCGGACCUUCUUUGCGUUGUAAUUGGUCAAUACGCACUGGGGCGAACCUUAAUGGAGCGUUUAGUGACGUUGUACCAGAAAUGAUUCAAAUCUAGCUUGUAGAUACUUAUCAUGAAGUUCCCAGGCCUGAUAGUGUGAGGAAUUUAAAUUUGAGCACUUAAUGACAUUGUGCCAGACAUUAUUGUAAUCUAACUGGUAGACACCGUACUGUUAAAGGUUGGUACAAGAACUUUGGCACAUACUGUGCUGCAUGCAACAAACUGUUUCAUAUUACGUCAUUUUGUCAUGCCAUGAAACAAGUCUGUUGUGUAUGAUAAUCAAGUUUAUUUGUUCACCAUAAAAAUAGGUAAUGGAUCUGGGCCCAAUUUCAUAGAGCUGCUAAGCACAACAAAUUUGCUGAGCGUGAUAUUUCUUCCUUAAUAUAAA